AUGUAUUUUACUUUCACUAUUUUCGUUAUCGGUGGAAUUGGAAAUCUUAUCAACAUAUGUGUUUUAACAUCUUUGAAACUCUUUCGAUCAAAUCAAUGUGCCUUCUAUCUCAUCUUUGAAUCUGUUGUCAAUACAUGUCAGUUAACCAUUCUUUUCAUUAUAAAUCUUCUACCAAUUGUCAAUGGAUUCGAUCUUGGAAAUGUUUCGAUUGGUUGGUGUAAAGUAAGAGCUAUGAUUCCUCAAGCAUUUCGAUUACUUUCAACAUCCAUGGUAUGUUUUGCGGCAUUAGAUCAAUUUCUCUCUACAAAUCCUCUAUUGAUCAUUCGACAAAUGAGUUCACUUCGACUGGCACACCGCCUAACAAUUAUCGCCAUUAUUAUUUGGUCAUUACAUACUGUACCCUUUGGAAUCUUUUAUCAGAUCGUCCCUCUAACUGGAUGUGUUAUGAUUAGUACUUGUUUAACACAUUAUUAUUCAUUCUUUUAUUAUCCAUUUCUACAUGGAGUCUUACCGCUAUUUGGUUCAUCUACAUUUGCUCUUCUUGCUUAUCGAAAUGUUCGCCGUUUAGUUCGACGUGGUAUAGGCAAUGAACGUCGUCGACUGGAUCGACAGUUAACAGCGAUGAUAUUUAUACGAGUUGUUUGUUUCGUUUGUGUUCUAACUCCUUAUACUAUCUAUCGUAUCUAUGCACUGAAUAUCAGUACUAGUCAAGUGACUAUUUAUUCGUAUGCGAUAGAUCGAUUAUCGUUUUCGAUUUUGGCAUCUUUUUUAAAUCUCAACUAUACGAUGAGUUUUUACAUAUUUCUGGUGUCAUCGGCGCGAUAUCGUCGACAAGUGAAAUAUUUUUUUGGGAAAAAAUGUUGGCGAUUAUUGAAAAACCUAUGUAACGUCAAGCCCAACGAGAUCCAUCCGAGUGGCCCACGAUCGAAUGCCGAGGAAAGUGAAUUGAAGUGA